AUGAAGAACUCCUUCGCCCUCUUGGCGGUGGCCACCGCUGUUGCCCCCGCUGCUGCUACUUACGGUAGCUUCGGCUCCAGCUUCUACAACGCUGAGUCGUUCUCCAUCCCCAGCAACUCCGACAACAAGUGCGAUAGCAAGUGGAAGAGCGGUUUCGACUGGUCGGACCUCUCCACCGGUUCUUUCUCCAGCUACGGUGGCUUCGAUUUCAGCGGCUGGUCCUGCGGCUCCGCUAGCUCCGGUCUCUCCGGAAAGUUUUCCCGUACCUCCAGCAAGUUCAUCAGCGGAGAGUGCGGCAGCGACAUCUCGACUGCCCCCUCUUUCGGCUGCAGCUCUGACAGCGAGGUCGACAAGUUCACCGUGAAGGAGUUCCAGGUCAACGUCGAGUUCGACUGCCGUCUCGAGUUCCACUACUCCAUGCCCGACGGCUCCACCUGCAAGCAAUCCUCCGACUGCUUCAAGGACUCGACCAACACCAUCUCCAACUCCCAGUGCGGCGGUGCCAAGAAGGUCCACGUCGUCUACCCUUCUCAGCCCGAUAAGCCCAAGGACAAGUGCAACGUCGAGAUCCCCAAGAUCGACUUUGACUGUGACGACAACACCCCCUCCACCACCGCAUCUGUCUUCGUCCCUACCCCCACCACCUUCCCCGGUGUCCCUGCCACAUCUCCCGAUGUUCCUGCCACAUCUCCCGAGGUCCCUGCUACCUCUCCCGAUGUUCCUGCCACCUCUCCUGAGGUCCCUGCUACCUCUCCCGAUGUUCCUGCCACCUCUCCUGAGGUCCCUGCUACCUCUCCUGAGGUCCCUGCCACCACCCCCGGCGUCCCUGCCACCACCGCUCCCGGCACCAGCGCCCCCGGCACCACUCCCGGCGGCUCCCGCCCCUCUGUUUCUCUGCCCAACAACUCCCCCGGUGUUCCCACCCCUGGUGUCCCCACCCCUGGUGUUCCCGGCACCACCACCGGCGAGACUCAGCCUGCAACCACUCCUCAGACUACUACCAUCACCUCGUGCGCCCCCGACGUCACCAACUGCCCUGCCAGCAGCGGUACCCCCGUCGUUGUGACCGAGACCAUCCCCGUCAGCACCACCGUCUGCCCCGUCACCGAGGUCAUCACUCCCUCUGCCACCGCCACCGCUGGCUCCGGCUCCCCCGGCUCCGGCUCUGGUACCCCCAGCUCUGGCUCGCCCAGCUCUCCCGAUGAGGAGCUCCCCUGCCCCUCUGUCGUCCCCAAGUGCCUGAACACCUGGCUCCAGGUUGUCAAGGACUGCAAGGACAACUCUGACGCCGCCUGCUACUGCCCUAACUCGGACUUUGUCGAGAAGACCUACACUUGCCUGUACGCCCACGGCGAGUCCGACGACGUCAUCUCCGAGGCCGUCCAGUUCUUCCAGGGUGUCUGCGCCCCUUACGUUGAGGAGAACCCUGCCAUUGUCACUGGCAUUGAGACCGUCACCAGCGUCCUGACCGUCACCGGCACCCCCGUCAUCUCGUCCGUGCCCUACACCACCGUCGUCCUCGAGACCACGGUGACCGAGCCUGCCGUCACCGAGGGUUCCACCAUUGUUGGCAGCACCACCACCCGCGUCAUCUCAACCGAGGUGACCGUCCCCCAGGUCUCCAUCCCCAACCCCACCCAGGCCCAGGGCACUGCCAUCCCUGUUAUCGGCUCCUCGACCGCCCCCAACGGCGUCGUCGUCCCUGUCACCUCGGCAGCCUACUUCACCCCCAACGGCCCUGCCGCCACCUCCAUCGGCACCAUCGGUCUGCCCGCCGCCACGAACAGCAACCUCCCCGUCCCUACGGCCGGUGCUGCCCAGGUCCGCGCCGGUAUGGGUCUCGGUGCCGUCGUCAUGAUCGCCAUGGCUGCUCUCUAA